AUGGGUUUAGAGAAAUUAGAACAAAUUCUGACUCUAUUCGAACAAUGUCAUUCAGGCGGAAAACCAUUAGAACUUACAAUUAACGAAGAUUUGCUGAAAUGUUUUGCACUACCACCGAAAGUAAUUCUCGAUCUUCUACAACAGCAUUCAAUCGAUGCAAUUUCUUAUUUAUCCAAUGAUAAAACCAAACUUCACUUUCAAAAUAAUCUUUAUCUUUGUCCAAUUGAUCAAACUGAAGCUGAUUCAUGUCAUUCAACAACUUGCAGACAACUUCAUCUAUGCGAAGAUUAUAUAUUAAAUAAAUCGUGUGUACAAUUUCAAUCCAACGGAAAAUGUUCGCAUGCACAUUCUUUAAUGACAAAACACAAUCAAAUGGUCUUGGAGCAGUACGGUAUGUCGUCAACUGACGAACAAAUCUAUCAGUUUAUUUCGCGUCUUAUUCGACUUUCAUUAUUGUCGACAAAGCAGCCGAAGUUCUUCGUACAAUCCGUAGACAAACAACCAAUAACAGAUGAGCUGAUUGAUGAAUGGUUGGGUGAUCAUAAAUCUUUGCUGUCAGAACAAAAACGCGUCAAUUCUUAUACCAUAGAAUUCAUAUUUGAGGACAAUGAAGUAACAUCAAUGAUAGAAGAUAUCAUCAGAAGUCAUCAUGCAUCAACUGCAUUAGUUCUAAAUAAAAUAACACCUGAUCCACUCAGUUCGAAUCGAAUUUUAGAUGCAACGCCAGCUAAGCAGAAAACAGACGAAGAUCUUGAUCAAAAAGUUCAAUCAACGAUAACAAAAGUAUUUCGAUUUAUGCAACUGUCAUUUAAACAAGGCUUUUUUCAGGCUCCAUCCAUAAUAACUCGAAGAUUUUCAAAUCAAUUGAGAAAUCUGGAAGAAAAUCCUGCUCCGCAACCAUUUGGACGCGGCCGCGGCAGACAAACUUCAACUGUACCUCCAAAUCCACCUUCCUUACCAUCUUCAAAUGGUGAAAAGAAGUUCAUUUUUUCAACUCGUCUCAAUUCGAAAACAAACGAGCAGACAUUGCAUUCAUCAACGAAUCAAAUCAAUUCUCCAACAAGUUCAAUGCGUUCCACACCCGAAUCAGUCACAUUAAACUCGAGUCAACCUGCAAAUCACACCGAUAAUUCAUUUCCACGAUAUGUACUAUCGAGAACAGAACAAAAACAAAAGAACCAAGCGAAGUGUCAAAAUCAUUGCGAUGACUCUUCAUUAUCAUCCGACUAUCAUUCUCCGGACAUGAUGUCAUCACCAGAUCAACAAGACACAAAAUCUCGACCACGUUUUGUUAUUAGAGACAAUUCACUUCGAAAUAAAGAAACAAGUUCUAUUUCACCAACAACACCAAAAUCACCAAGUCCAAUUGUUUACACGUUUAAAAAGCAAUUUUCUGAUCAGCAUUUAUGUUAUCUUCUUGGUCCCGGUAGAAAACAGAUUGUCGAUAAAGAUCAAUGUGAAAUUAUUCGUUAUCUACCAUCGGGUUGUUGUCGAUCACAAAAUAUUGAACAAGGAAAAGAAAUUGAAAAACAAUUACAUUCAAUUAUACCUCCAACUUUGAACAUUGAUCUUGUAAAGAUUAAAGAAGAUUUAGCACUUUUGAUUCGUUCAUCAGCAGCUGAAAAUCUUUUCCAACAAAAUCAAUCUCAUUAUGCAAUCUUUUCUGAGCCAAUUAAAAUCCAAUUAAAUAUUGAAGUAAUCGAGACAGAAUCAUCGACAACAUCUAAUAGAAGUGCGGCAGCAGAAACCGAUGAAUAUUCAAAUUCGCAAAUUUCGUCUGAUGGUAUAUUUCACAUUAGAUCAACUGGUUCUUCGAUAAAUGUUGUAUCUGGUGAUAUAAGUGAAGUUCAAGUUGAUAUGAUGAUUUGUAUUAGCACGUCGAAUAAUUUACGAGAAAGUGUUCUUCGUCGCGCUGGUCCAACUGUUCAAAAACAAUACAAAGAACGUUAUUGUAGCGACGAUGCAUUACUUGUAGACGGAGGUUUGACUAAAGCAGAAAAAAUUCUUCUCGUUCCGUGGAAAACCGAAAUUGAUCGAGAAAACAUAGUAAACAGUCUCAAGUCGUUGUCAGAAUUAGUCACCUGGUCGAUCGACAAAGCACAUGAUCGCAAUGUUAAAACGGUUUCAUUUCCUCCUAUUGGUACUGGAGAACUUAAUCUUGAUCCACUCUUUGUUUGUGAAGCACUGAUUGGCGCAGCAAGUGAACGUUUACAUCAGUAUCAAAUGAAUGUCAUAUUUGUUGUUUAUCCAAAAAGUGACAGAAUAGAAGAAGAUGGAUGUUAUCAAAUUUUUCGACAAUAUCUUAAUAGUCUUUGUGCACAAAUUCCUUCAACAUCGAAUGAAAGAAAGGCAAAAACGACGUCUGAAGUAAAACGACGAGUAUUUAAACGAGAUGUACAAAGUAAACGAAUCCUCACAUUAUCUGCAUUGCAAAACAUCAAUGAACAUCGUCAGUUACUGGUCGAAUCAUUAGAAAAGUUAAUAGAUGAACAAGUGUUUGAUCUUAACUUAGUCGAAUCGAAAUUAUCCUCUCAGGUAGAUUCUUUAAUUGACAUUUGUUUGUCUCACAAUGUAUUUCCACGUGUGGAUUGUUCGUCGAAAAAACUGACACUUCGCGGUGAUCGUGAAUCACGUCUACAAUGUUUUUUCAAUUUAUGUCCUGGGAAAGGUGCUCAUCAGUAUAGUUAUGUAUUUACUGAAAUGGGAGAAAAGUCCGAAGAAAAACAAUUUAAUUCUUAUAUUUCGUUGAAAAUUGACGAAGCAUUUGCAGCUGGAGAAGCAAUGAUGAGAAUUCAAGAUAAUGAACAAUCCAUUUUUGACAUCGAUUUCAGCAAAUUACAAGUACGACCGACAAAAACCAGACGAAAUGCUUUUCUUGUGAAAAAACCGUUAGAUGAUUCCAAAAUUCGAAUUCCACCGUCAUGGUCUUCUUCACCAUUAAAGAUUCGUACAAAGGAAAUAUCAAAAUCAUCGUAUGAAACUUUGGAAUGUAUUCAUAUUUUUCAACAAACGAUGUCAAUGUCGGAUUGGCAAAUUGAUCGAAUCGAAGCCAUUGAAAACUAUCCGUUAUAUCUACAUUAUAUGCACAAGAAAAGCGAAAGAACAAAUAUUUAUUUCCACGGUUGUUCAUUUGCAUCUGUUCAAUCAAUUGUUCACUACGGUUUACAUUCUACGAAUGCUUCACACUAUGGUGAUAAUUUGGGAAAUUGUUCAACUAGAUCAAUUUGUUUAACUCGCGACGCUUUGAAUAGUCACUUAUAUGGAACUCGUCGGUGCACCGAUGGAAAACAUUAUUUAUUCGUUGUAGAAUUUAUCAAAUAUGACAAUGACAAUAGUUUUCUUUAUCUAUCCAACGAAGAUGCUUGUUCAGCUCUACCGACAUACUUGAUUGUUUAUCAACGACGACAAUCAGGUUUGAAAUAA